AUGACUUGGGAUAACCACACUAUGACAACAGAGUUUAUCCUCACAGAAUUGACAGAUAACCCACAACUGAAGAUUUUUCUGUUUCUCGUGUUCCUUACCAUCUAUCUGAUCACCAUGGUGGGAAACCUUGGUCUGGUGGCACUGAUAGUUACAGAGCGUCAUCUUCACACGCCAAUGUACAUCUUUCUGAGUAAUCUUGCUCUGAUGGAUUCCUGUUGUUCUUGUGCCAUUACCCCAAAGAUGCUAGAGAAUUUCUUCUCUAAGAGCAGAAUUAUUUCCCUGUAUGAAUGCAUGGCACAAUUUUAUUUUUUCUGCUUUGCCGAAACUGCAGACUGCUUCCUCCUGGCAGCCAUGGCCUAUGAUCGCUUUAUGGCCAUCUGCAACCCACUGCAGUACCACGCCAUGAUGUCCAAGAAACUAUGCAUUAAGAUGACCACAGGAGCUUACAUAGCUGGAAACCUGCACUCCAUGAUUCAUGUCGGGCUUCUGUUUAGAUUAACUUUCUGUGGGCGUCAUCAAAUCCAUCAUUUUCUUUGUGAUAUAGUUCCUUUAAUCCGACUUUCCUGUGUUGACCCUUAUAUCAAUGAAUUCAUGAUGUUUAUCUUGUCUGGGUCAAUUCAAACCUUCACUAUUACCAUAGUAAUAAUGUCUUACCUUUGCAUCCUUUUUAUAAUUUUCAAAAUGAAAUCCAACAAGGGUACAGGGAAAGCCUUAUCUACAUGUGCAUCCCACUUUCUCUCUGUCUCAAUAUUCUAUGGAUGUCUUCUCUUCAUGUUCAUUCGACCAAACUCAGUUAAAGAAGAAAAUAAAGAUAUACCUGUUUCUGUUUUUUAUACUAUAGUGAUUCCUUUAUUAAACCCUUUUAUCUAUAGUCUAAGAAACAAAGAAGUAUUAAAAGUCAUGAAACAAAUUAUGAAGAUGUCAUAA